AUGUUGGUCUAUUUAUUCGGAGGUGCAUCAUCUCCUUGCUGCGCAAACUAUGCGCUCAAACGUACUUCAGAAGAUAACAAGCAUGACUUCGAUGCAGAAACUAUCAAAACAGCGAAAGAAAGCUUCUAUGUUGAUGAUUGUCUUCAUUCUGUAAAGACAGAGUCAGAAGCAAAACGUCUGAUAAAACAACUUCAAGAAUUACUGUACAAAGGUGGAUUACAUUUGACAAAGUGGACGUCUAACUCAAUGAACAUCGUUGAAUCAGUCCCGGAGGAAAAAAGGGCAUCGUCAGUUAAGGACUUAGACUUGGACUUCGAUGAUAAAAUGUUGACUGAGAGAGUUUGGGCGUAA